CGGUGGAUGCUGACGGUUUUGAAAAUGGUUUUGACAACCACGAAGAUUUUCUGGCGGAUGUUGGAUUAUGGUCAAACUGCCCGCACGUAGACCCUUCACAGUACCAGGAGGAACCAAUGAUGGAACAAGGAGAUGGGGCUUUUGAUUGCUCAGACGCUAAGCCUUAUGGUAUGCUUGACAAUGAUUUAUCUGGGAACUCUUGGACCAACAAUCAUGACAACCAACCUUUACCAAGGGACACAUUAAACCAUAUCAAUGCUGUUGAAGAAGCAAAUGCAUCUCCAUACGAAGUCCUCUCAAAAUCUCCAUAUGUUGGAGAGCAAGUGUAUUUUGACCAAACACAGAUCAAAGCAGAGAACCACUUAGAGAGCACGGGGCCACAAAUUAACACUUAUUUGCCAUGUAACGAGCUCCCGGAGCAAUCUGGUUUGAGUGAAGUUAAAAGCGAGGAUACAGGUGCAAUAUUUCACAAUACUGGUCAGGAGGAUAAUCAUUUCAGAUCAACAGACAUGUUCACUCUUCAUGAUAAUAAUGCAACUAUACCUCAUAUUUCCUACCCUGAGCUGAAUAUUGGUGAGGCGACUGGAAGCAUGAACAAUGGCAACAACAGUUGCCUAACUGUACAGGAAGAAUAUCUGCAGGGGAGUUUUGGGGAAUGUCCUAAACCUGAGUAUGCUUCUCUUGAUAUGGCUGGUGAAAUGUCAGUGCAUGAUUUGCCACAAAACAAUCAGUCCUACGAGAUGGAACAAUUCCCUCAGAAUAUAUGUGAAAGCAGCUCGAUGCAGACAAGCUCUCCUGAUGAAUAUUGCGAUGACGCAUCCUUAUCAGAUUGCUACAUGGAUGUGUCUUCUUCGGAUGAAUAUUGUGAUGAUGCAUCCUUAUCCUGUGAGCCGAACCAAUCUCAGUAUAAUGCUUUGAAGAGUGAGUCUAGCACUGACUCUUCUCCAGUACCCUCAAGCAGAAACUCUACAACAGAGGAUGCCGAUAAAUACUUAGGAGGCGCAACAAAGCAGCUGCUGAACUCUAAGUUAGUUCCUAUCAGCCACCAACAACCAUAUAGGACCAUGACAGAUCAAAUGCCUGCAGCUUUUCAUGAACAAUAUGAUAUUCAUAGAAGUGGCAACCCCUUUACUCAUGGGAGUUUGUCAAGAAGUUGCUUCGGUGCAAAUGUCAGUGGUGAUUCUGAUUUAUCUAUCCUGAGUAGCCAUCGAGCUCCUGGUCAUCUAUUACCACAAUUCCAGGGAAAACUGAACAACUUUCAACAAUCUUUGUCUGCAAAUCCUAUUGUUCCUCGGUUUGGUGGGUAUAAUAAGACACAUGAUGAGAGGACCACUCUACGUCUUGCAUUACAGGAUAUAUCCCAACCAAGAUCCGAGGCUAAUCCACCUGAUGGUUAUUUAUCAGUUCCUUUAUUGAGGCAUCAGAAAAUUGCUUUGUCAUGGAUGCUGCAAAAGGAGAGAAAUAGUUCACACUGCUCUGGUGGAAUUCUCGCUGAUGAUCAGGGCCUGGGGAAAACUAUAUCAACUAUAUCACUGAUAUUGACAGAAAGAGCACCAUUACCAGGAUCAUCUGCCAUUAAGCAAGAGCCAUGCGAAGCUGUAACUCUUGACGACGACGACGACGAUGACCCUGCUGAACUUUGUUUGAAGAAGAGGCCAUAUACAUGUAAUUCUGAAGUGGCAAGCACUAAAGUUAAGAUAGAGAAUCCUAUUAUAGAGAUUAAGACCAGGCCAGCUGCUGGGACUCUGGUUGUUUGCCCGACAAGUGUUCUACGGCAGUGGGCGGAAGAACUGAGGAACAAAGUCACCAGUAAAGCUAAUUUGUCCUUUCUAGUAUAUCAUGGUAGCAACCGGACGAAGGAUCCUAACGAGCUUACUAAAUAUGAUGUUGUGCUAACUACAUAUUCUAUAGUAAGUAUGGAGGUACCGAAGCAAUCAAGUCCUGACAGUGACGAUGAAGAGAAAGGAAGGCCAGACAGAUAUAGUGCUUUUGUUUCACUUAGCAAAAAAAGGAAGGCAUCUUCUAAGAAAAGCAAAAAGGCUACAAAGGAGAAGAGUUGCUUGCCUGAGAGACCUCUUGCGAAAGUUGCAUGGUUCAGGGUCGUUCUUGAUGAAGCACAAAGUAUUAAAAAUUAUCGAACUAACGUUGCUGGAGCUUGCUGGGGUUUGCGAGCUAAAAGAAGGUGGUGCUUGUCAGGGACGCCAAUACAGAAUGCUGUUGAAGAUCUUUUUAGCUAUUUUAAAUUUCUCAGAUAUGAACCAUAUUCUGGACACAAGCAAUUUUGCGCCUUGAUAAAAAUGCCAAUCAGUAGGAACCCAGUUACUGGUUACAAGAAGCUGCAAGUUGUUUUGAAGACAGUAAUGCUACGGCGGACUAAAGCGACGAUGUUGGAUGGAAAACCAAUCAUUUCCUUACCUCCGAAGACUAUUCAUCUCAAGGCCGUGAACUUCACGAGUGAGGAGCGUGCAUUUUAUAACACUCUAGAAGCUGAAUCACGAGAACAAUUCAAGGUCUACGCAGCUGCUGGUACUGUUAGGCAAAACUAUGUAAACAUCCUACUGAUGCUUUUACGGCUCAGGCAGGCUUGUGAUCACCCUCACCUUGUUAAAGGUCAUGAAUCUAGUUGGACGUCUUCAUUAGAGGCUGCAAAGAAACUUCCGAUGGAACGACAACAAGAAUUGCUGGUUUGCUUGCAAUCUUGUUCUGCAUUAUGCGCUCUCUGCAAUGAUGCACCAGAAGAUGCUGUCGUUACUCUAUGCGGCCAUGUUUUUUGCAACCAGUGCAUAUUGGAGCAACUUACUGGUGAUGACAGCAUGUGUCCAGUACCCAAUUGCAGAAUCCGACUUAAUGCCACUUCAUUGUUCUCCCGAGGCACCCUUGAAUUCUCCCUGUGCAAAUUAACCAGUGAAUACCAGUCCAAUGAUUCCUGUUCAGAGAUGGUACAUACUGAAAAUGAAACCGGGAUUGAUUCAUCGUAUGCAUCUUCUAAAGUGAGGGCGGCCCUAGAUAUUAUUCUCUCAUUACCUAAAGUUGAUUCCACUCAAAUUAUUGAUAGCAAAAAAACAGUUGGGCUUGCCUCCGAAAAUAUCAAUGGGAAGGGUUCAGAAUGUGCUGAAACCAAGAAUACAGAGAAGGCCAUUGUUUUCUCACAGUGGACUGGAAUGCUGGAUUUGCUAGAGGUUCAUUUGAAAGCUUCUCAUGUGUCGUACAGGAGGCUUGAUGGAACAAUGUCUGUUGCUGCUCGAGAAAGAGCUGUUAAUGACUUCAAGACUGUCCCAGAGGUUUCUGUUAUGAUCAUGUCCCUGAAAGCCGCUAGUCUUGGUCUUAACAUGGUGGCUGCGUGUCAUGUGCUUAUGCUUGAUCUUUGGUGGAAUCCUACCACGGAGGACCAAGCUGUUGAUAGAGCACACCGCAUUGGCCAAACAAGACCUGUCACAGUAUCAAGGUUGACAGUAAAAGAUACUGUUGAAGAUCGUAUUCUGGCACUCCAGGAGAAAAAGCGGGAGAUGGUUGCUUCUGCUUUUGGGGAAGAUAAAUCUGGGGGCGGUCAGACUCGACUGACAGUGGAUGACUUGAAUUAUUUGUUCAUGGUUUAGCAUCACCACCUGAGAUCGAAGGCAAUUUUGCUCAUGGAAUGGUGUAAUAGGCAGUGAUAGAUAAGUAUUUCUCAGGAGAGGUAACUGAUAGCAUUUCUCUAGGGGUUACUAGUGCUUUUAGUUUGUACAGGUGCAGAGAUUUUGUAGUUGGAAGAUGUCAUUGUGGUUGUUAGAUCAUCCAAUUCUUUUCGCACUGCAAGUAGGGAUGGUGCAUCAUCAUCAUUAGGCAAAAUCUUAAUGGGCUACAUAGUUUCUGUUUGACUAUCAUGAAGAUAAGGAAAAAAUGUCGGUAACUAA